CGGAAUCGGAACAUUCCGAGUUGAAAAGCUGAUCGGCAUCAACACAAUCCACAUUCAGAUGAAAGCUGUACAUUCAGUAGAUCUGACCUGCAUAGAAAUACUGAACAGAACAUGAUUAAACAGAAAGAAGAGAAGGGAAUGGAGAGGAAGGUGGACGCGAUGUCCUGCAACAUCGUCAAUGAGCUGCGGUUAGAGAAGCAGCUCUGUGACAUAGUCAUCAUGGUGGACGGCGCCGAGUUCCACGUGCACAAGAUCAUCCUGUGCGGCUGCAGCCCGUACUUCAUGGCUCUCUUCACCAACGGCUGGUACCCUCCUGAUAAGAUCAGGUACAGCAUCCCUAACGUUUCCGCCGAGAUAAUGGAGCUGAUCGUGGAGUACGCGUAUAACAGACGUGUUAACAUCACGGAGAAAAACGUGUGUAAGCUGCUGAUUGCUGCUGAUUUUCUGUUGGUGAGCAGCCUGGUGAACGAGUGCUGCGCAUUCCUGAAGACUCAGCUGUGUCCUGAGAACUGUGUUAACAUCUGGCGUUUUGCUCACUCCCACUUCUGCGAGAAGUUGAAGCAGCAGGCCUUCCGGUUUAUCUUGCACAACUUUGAGAAGAUGGUGAGCCUCUCUGAGGAGUACCUAGACCUGACGGUUGAGCAGCUGAGCAAGAUCAUUGAGAAGGACGAACUGAACGUGAAACAGGAGAGCGUGGUGUUCGAGGCCGUCUUACAGUGGAUCAAACAUGCACCAUGGAAACGGAAAGCGCACAUAGGAGUGUUACUGCCCAAGGUGCGUCUGGGGCUACUGACGCACGAUUACCUUAUGAACAAUGUGAGCAACAACGUUUUAGUGAUGGACGACAUGACAUGUAAGCCGAUCGUCACCAGCGUUCUGAUGGGCAUCGAUGACCUCAACCCGAGCCUUUCUCUCAGCUCUGCUCUCACGAGAUUCCGCCUGCCCAGCGCCAUUCUGCUGGCCAUCGGUGGCUGGGGCCGCAGGAAUCAAACCAAUGCCAUAGAAGCGUAUGAUACGCGAGCAGCACGCUGGGUCAACGUCACGUGCAACUACGAGAGUCCACGAGCAUAUCACGGGACAGUGUACCUGAAUGGCUUUGUGUACUGCAUCGGAGGACUCGACACUGAGGAUUACAGACAGGAUUACUUCAGCAGUGUGAGAAGGUUUGACCCCAUCACCAGAACCUGGGCUCAGGUGAGCCCCAUGCACUCUCGCCGGUGUUACUUGAGCGUGUGUGGGCUGGAUGGUCAUAUCUAUGCGAUGGGAGGAUUUGAUGGCAUUGAAUAUCUGAACACGGUCGAGCGAUAUGAACCUGAGAAUGAUCGGUGGAGCAUGAUCGCGCCGAUGCACAAACGAAGGAGCAACUCUAGCGCUACAGUACUGAACGGCAAAGUGUACGUAUGCGGAGGGUUUGACGGGAACGAGUAUUUAUUCACGGGGGAGUAUUAUAGUCCUCAAAUGGGAGUCUGGACCCUCAUCCCCCCCAUGAUGAUCAGAAGGAGUGGACUGGGUGUGGUCGCGUACGGAGGACAGGUUUAUGCUGUCGGGGGAUUUGGCGGUAAUAAUGAGCUAAGCGAUGUAGAGGUGUAUAAUCCUCAGACCAACAUGUGGAGAAAAGGUCCAGCCAUGAACAACCAGCGCAGCAACUUCGGCAUUGAGGUGCUGGAUGAUCUCCUGUUCGUUGCUGGAGGAUUUAACAGUACUACCAUCAUGGAUGAAGUGGAGUGUUAUGAUGAGCAGACUUCUGAAUGGCAUUCAGUCGAAAACAUGGGGUAUUCCCGCCGUGCUCUGAGCUGCUGUGUGCUGUCUGGUUUACCCAACAUGGCCGAGUACGCCGCACCCCGAGACGAUCCCUACGGAGUCCCUCAGAGCUCACGGAGCACCAGGGGGUACCUCACACCUCCUGCCAACGUCUGAGUACAAAUAAACCUCUCCCUUCAUCAGCAUCCUUUUGUUCUCGAGAAUCAAAUUAAACAUUCUGAAGCAGUCAAACUACUGAAUUUGCCUUUUGUUUACUCUCUUAU